CGCACAGAAACCUUGCUUUCACUGUAACCGGGACCAGAGUAAAGUCGUUAAAGUGCAUCCCGGACUGACCUCAUGAUGGAGGCGGACAGUUGUUUAUCUUUCUCUUCGCAGCCAAACCGGACAACACUGAAUAACUCUCCCGGUUUGGAUCAGAAUAGUUCUGGAGGUUCGUUCCUUCCCUGCGAUGAACUACAGAAAAGUACACAUCUUCCUCUCGCUCACCGUCUGAGUCUCCGGGAUCAGGGUGACUUCUACAGCUCAAGCUCCAUGGGACGGUUUAACGACGGCGCGUCCGCGGACUUUACGCACGGGGCAGCCUCCACGAAUCCUCGCGCCUUGCCCAACAAACACAGCAAAUACAUGGAAAAUAUUAAUCAAGACCAAAAGGUUUUAUCAGUAAGCGGGAAGGGCUCGUUUUAUGACAAUUACUCGGAGGCCAGAGAGAAGGCGGGUCCCAAGCCCAUGGGCUAUCCCGUGAUUGGCUCAGACUGCUGCAUCAAGCUGAAGGAGCCAACCAACGGUCUCCAACCAGGGGACUCCAUAGCAGACUCCAUCGACCUAUCGGGCAAGAACAAGAAACGCCGUAACCGCACCACGUUCAGUACAUUCCAGUUGGAGGAGCUGGAGAAAGUGUUUCAGAAGACGCACUACCCUGAUGUUUAUGCCCGGGAACAGCUGGCCCUCAGGACCGAACUCACAGAGGCCCGUGUACAGGUGUGGUUCCAGAACCGCCGGGCCAAGUGGAGGAAGAGGGAACGCUACGGGAAGAUCCAGGAGGUGCGAAACCACUUUGCUGCUACGUAUGAUAUCUCUACGUACCAGAUGCAGAGCAACCUGUGGCCAGGUGCAGGAGGGGGGUCCGGCGGGGGCUGUGUCCUGGGCCCUGACACCAUGUCUUCCUCCUGUAUGAGCCCUUACCCCCAUCCCCACAGCAACCUCCCCUCUGUGGGUUUUAUGGGCAUGCCCCCGUCUUCCAGCCACCCACACCACCCUCACCAUCACCCCCAACACCACCCUGGCAUCAACGGCCUCUACUCCCUCCACAGCUUCCCUGGGGCCCUCGGGGGCCACUCCUUUGAGCCGGGGCCCGAGACAGAGUAUAAGUCAUCCAGUCUGUUGGCCAUGCGGAUGAAGGCUAAGGAACCUGGGAGUCUUCUAUCCAGGCCUACAUGACCACCACAGUGUCAGGGUCAGAUCCCUACCAUGUAUUGACUGAGCUAAUGCAUUCACACACACAUUCAAACUCAAUCUUGUAUACUAGCAACCCGAAGGAUAGUUAUGGCCACAUGUAUUUGUGUUCCUGCAUGUUGAAAUGACAGCAGAAGUCAAAACUCUACACGCAUGCACACACACACACACACACAAACACACACACACACACACACACACACACACACAAGUAUAAUUAACCUUGUGGGGACACAUAAUUCAGAAUCCUAUUUUCCCUAACCCUAAACCUAAACCUAACCCUUACCUUAACCCCAAAACCUAACCUUUAACCCCAAACUAACCCUAGCUCCUAACCCUGGUCGAAAACUAGCUCAUAACCCUGGUCAAAUACUAGCUCCUAACCCUGGUCAAAUACUAGCUCCUAACCCUGGUCAAAUACUAGCUCCUAACCCUGGUCAAAUACUAGCUCCCAACCUGAAAACUAACCCUCGCUCCUAACGCUAAACCAAAUUCUAACCCUAACACUGAUUGGCUCAAACCUUGACCGGAAACCACCUAGAAAUAGCAUUUGACCUUGUGGGGACUAACAAAAUGUCCCCAGUUUGUAAAAAUGUUGAUUGAUUUAAAAUAUUCCUGUGGGGACUUCUGGUCCAAACAAGUAUAGUUAAACACACACACACACACACACACUUUCAACAUACACCUCCGCUACUUUCCUCCAAAUAAUGUAACAUUGCCGUAAACCCACAGACUUCAGACCGUGACAGGACCGACCAUUUGUUUGAGUUUGUUAGGCCACCAUCAGGCACAAAACCUGCCAUUUUGCAGACAUUUUUAUUGAAUCCAGAUUUGAGCAUUAUCACAAACAUAGUGAGACCAAAGAAUAUAAAAACAAUAUUAUUUAAAUAUGUAAGAUGUAGAUGUUAAUAAAGUACAGUACCAGUCAAAAGUUUGGACAUACCUACUCAAUUCAAGGGUUUUUCUUUAUUUUUUUACUAUUUUCUACAUUGUAGAAUAAUAGUGAAGAUAUCAAAACUAUGAAAUAACACAUAUGUAGUAACCAAAAAAGUGUUAAACAAAUCAAAAUAUAUUUUAUAUUUGAGAUUCUUCAAAGACCCCCCACCCUUUGCCUUGAUGACAGCUUUGCACACUCUUGGCAUUCUCUCAACCAGCUUCAUGAGGUAGUCACCUGGAAAUCAUUUCAAUUAACAGGUGUGCCUUGUUAAAAGUUCAUUUGUGGAAUUUCUUUCCUUCUUAAUGCAUUUGAGCCAAUCAGUUGUGUUGUAACAAGGUAGUGUGGUAUACAGAAGAAAGCCCUAUUUUGGUAAAAGACCUAGUCCAUAUUAUGGAAAGAACAGCGCAAAGAGAAACAACAGUCCAUCAUUACUUUAAUUAGACAUGAAGGUCAGUCAAUCCAGAAAAUGUCAAGAACUUUGAACGUUUCUUCAAGUGCAGUCGCAAAAACCAUCAAGCGCUGUGAUGAAACUGGCUCUCAUGAGGACCGCCAAAGGAAAGGAAGACCAGAGUUACCUCUGCUGCGCCAUGAUGAAACUGGCUCUCAUGAGGACCGCCAAAGGAAAGGAAGACCAGAGUUACCUCUGCUGCGCCAUGAUGAAACUGGCUCUCAUGAGGACCGCCAAAGGAAAGGAAGACCAGAGUUACCUCUGCUGCGGAGGAUAAGUUCAUUAGAGUUAGAAAUUGCCUCAGAAAUUGCAGCCCAAAUAAAUGCUUCAGAGUUCAAGUAACAGACACAUCAACUUCAACUGUUCAGAUAAGACUGAAUCAGGCCUUCAUGGUCGAAUUUCUGCAAAGAAACCACUACUAAAGGACAUCAAUAAUAAGAAGAGACUUGCUUGGGCCAAGAAAUAAGAGCAAUGGACAUUAGACCAGUGGAAAUCUGUCCUUUGGUUUGAUGAGUCCAAAUGUGAGAUUUUUGGUUCCAACCACCGUGUCUUUGUGAGACGCAGAGUAGGUGAACGGAUCAUCUCCGCAUGUGUGGUUCCCACCAUAAAGCAUGGAGGAGGAGGUGUGAUGGUGUGGGGGUGGUUUGCUGAUGACACUGUCUGUGAUUUAUUUAGAAUUCAAGGCCCACUUAACCAGUGUGGCUACCACAGCAUUCUGCAGUGAUACACCAUCCCAUCUGGUUUGCGCUUAGUGGGUCUAUCAUUUGUUUUUCAACAGGACAAAGACCCAAAACACACCACCAGGCUGUGUAAGGGCUAUUUGACCAAGGAGAGUGCUGGAGUGCUGCAUCAGAUGACCUGGCCUCCACAAUCACCCGACCUCAAACCAUUUGAGAUGGUUUGGGAUGAGUUGGACCGCCAAGUGAAGGAAAAGCAGCCAGUAAGUGCUCAGCAUAUGUGGGAACUCCUUCAAGACAGUUGGAAAAGCAUUCCUCACGAAGCUGGUUGAGAGAAUGCCAAGAGUGUGCAAAACUGUCAUCAAGGCAAAGGGUGGCUACUUUGAAGAAUUUAAAAUCAAAAAAAUAUUUUUAUAUGUUUAACACUUUUUUUGGUUACUACAUGAUUCCAUAUUUGUUAUUUAAUAGUAUUGAUGUCUAUCAUUCUACAAUGUAGAAAAUCGUUAAAAAAAAUAAAGAAAAACCCUUGAUUGAGUAGGUGUGUCCAAACUUUUGACUGGUAAUGUAUGUGAUGUAUGUUGUACUUUAUUGAUCAACAAUAAAGGGUUUCAUCUGCCUCCAAUCGUCAGAGGGAAAAUGUU